AUGAAUUUUAUAAAACGUCCAUUUCAUCAUACUAAUUCAACAUCAACUACAGCAGCAUCAAGUAAUUUACGAGAUCCACUUACUGUACCAUCAUCACCACCAUCUGCAGCUAAAACAAAUUCAUCAUUAACUGGUUCUGUUCGUUUUAAUGAUUUAAUAAGUACUCAACCAAAAUUUAAUGAACGUGAAAAAUAUCUUACUGCUAAAUAUCCUCAACAACAAAUGCAAUUAAUACGUAAACGAUUAAAAGUUGAAUUUUGGCUUGAUGAUCAAUUACGAUCACUAUAUGAUAUAAAAGAUGACAGUUCACAAGAAGAUCAUGAUCAUUGUCCAGGAGAUUUAAUUGAUUCUCUUUUAGAUAUUGAAAAUGAUUCACAACGACGUACAUUUCUUCUUGAGAAAUUAAGAAAUGUCAAACAAUCUCGUUCUAUAAUAAUGGAGUUCAUUGAUGAAUUAUUGCAUCGUGUGAAAAUGUUGUAA